GACCCCAAUUUCCCUAGCAAUCUCUCCAUUAAGCCUCUGGAGAUAGGUUCAGGUCGAUCUGAUUAUCAAAAACAAGCCGAAGACAUCGAUAGAUAUGGUAUCGCCGGUCGUGUAUGGGAAGGUGGCUCUGCUCUAUUGAAAUAUUUUACUCCUGACAUUGCAUACGACCCACCAUGCUCCCUUCUCAUAGGAAGUUCAUCUAAUGCUCCGUACAGAAUAGUCGAGCUCGGCUCCGGUCAAUCCGUUCCCUCUCUGCACCUAGCUAGUAUUCUGUCCCCUCAUGACGUUCUCAUUCUCACCGACCUACCCGACGUUGUACCUCUCUGUGAAGAAAGGGUUUUAGAGUGGGAAAAGUCUCAUGCCAAUGGUCCGCUUAUGAAAGUUGAGGCUCUGGCAUGGGGAGGAGACGUGUCACGAGUGAGAACAUCGGGUCCAUUGAGUCACAUCCUUCUUUGUGAUCUGAUAUACUUCCCUCAGCUAUACCCACCCUUACUGCGGACCUUACUCGAGUUGACGGAGCCCAGCUCUCCACCCGAAGAUGACGUCUUCGGUCCUGAAAUCAUUUUGUCAUAUUUCUCGAGAACAUUAGCCCUGGAGCAAGCCUUCUUCGACGCUCUCGCUCUGUAUUUUCAGAUGACACCCGUG